AUGACAAAGUUUCAAUAUCAUUUAUUUAAUACUGAAGUUAUUGAAGGAUAUAUGAGCAAAAAUAAUCAGACAGAAUGCAUCGAUGAUCAACUUGGUUGUACAUUUGGUGAUAAAACACUUAAUCCAGCGACUGUAGAACGCUGGUUAAAUAAGAUCGAGCGAGGUCGUGGUUUUCUUCAAUAUGAGUUUCGUGAAGGUCGUCCAAGAACGGCUAUUGUACCAGAAACCAUCGAUGCAGUGCGAGAAACGAUUGAAAUGGAUAGACAUGUUACAUACCGGAAGAUAGAGGCGGCCUUGGGCAUUAGUGGGACAAGCAUGCAUUUAAUUUUACAUAUACUUUAA